AGGGGAUCACGGAGGCUUAAGCUAUGGAGGAGGACAUCCAUCACAUUCAGAAACAGAACUUCUUCACAGACAGACAUACACAGCUUCUCAUCAGCUUCCUGGAUACUCUACUGCACACCAUCCUACUGGUCUUUCGGGAAUAUUUGAUAGCAGUAUGCACAGUGCUGGAAGUAACACUAAGGAAACUUCAGUUAUGAAUUUUCUUUCUGCAAUCGAGUCUCGAACUGCUCAGGCAGCCUCUACAGGAUCUACCCUUUUACCACAAUUCAGGGCUCCUUCCUGGCAGACAGGUAUGCAUUCCUCAACAGCCACAGAGCUAUUUGUUACUGGAGCGUUGCCAACCUCUGGAACAUUUCCACCAACAUCUGCUUUAUCAGCUUAUCAACAUCCCAACACUUUCAGCAGUAGAAACUUUGCUACUAGUCCAUCUUUUACUCUUCAAGAUACUACUUUCAGUGCUACAUCGAAUGGUAUCUUAACUACCCAUGAUCCCUUAUUACAAAUUAAAACAUCACAAGGUACUGUUCCAACUGCAUUGACAUUUGAGCGCCUGGGCAGUUCUGUUUUAAGUACCAGUGUACCCCCUCAGUCAUCCACAUACCGUUCUGCUCAAGAAUCUGCACCUCACCUUUUGCAACCUCAGUUUAGUUUGUUACCUUCAACCCUCGGAGGAGCUCAGCAGGUUUCUCAGGCUUACAGCACGUCUGUCUUCACUGGUUCCACUGCUUCUAUUGACAGAGCACUUCAGAGAGAAUGUAGUGUUAUUAAACACCAUCAGCGGCCUUCAAGUACUCAGUCUGUUCAGGCUCAACUGACUGUUUCACAGCAUUCCUUACACAGCUAUUUAACGAGUACGAGCGGAGUUAAUUUUCAGGAUACGUCUAGGCACUCGGCGUUACCCUGUAGUCCAGUUGGAGAUGUUACUCAGGUGAGCAAUGGAGGACCACAGCAGAAGACUUCUCAAGUCACAGUGGAACUUGCUCAGUCCUACACGUCUGCAAUUCCAUCACCCGGUUUUCCAUCUGCUUCCACAGCAAAAGUGAAAAACUGUUCCACAAAGCAGCCUCCAAGGUCAACAAAGACCCCCAAACCUCAAAGUGUAGCUCUCACUGUGCAGACGCAAAGCUAUCCCAAAACUGCACAAAACCAGAGCUCUGUAAUUACAGGCCAAGCACAGAUCUAUUCUACAGCACAGCUCCCCAGCCUCUUGUCUGUCAGCCAAUCCCAAAACUAUGUUUCAUCCCAGAACAUGCCACCUGUCAGUCCCUCGCAGGAUUUCUCAUCUAGCAAGGUUGAGAAGCUGCCCUCGUUGUAUAAAACAUUGACUUUUUCUGGGCAAUCACAAACUAUUACUUCUGACAGUCAAACGCUAAGUUAUUCCUCAGAUCAACAGGUACUGACUUCGGUUCCAAAUGAGAACUAUUCUGGGCAAACAAGGGAACUUUCUUCAGUCAGCCAAUCUCAGAGCUAUUCUUCUAAUCACUCUCAGGGUUUAUCUCCAGUUAGCCAAUCCCAAGUUAGUUUUUCAUCUCAGUCACAAGUUUUAUCAGCUGUUAGUCCUUCAGAAAGCUAUUCUUCAGGGCAGUCUUUAACACUAACAUCACCUUCUCUCCCCUUUUCUGCCUCUCCUCGGAUACAAACUCUUCCGGUCUCAAGUCCUAAUCAGAACUUUAUUUCUUUGCAUUCUUCUCAGAACUCUCAGACACAAGAAUCUUCCUCUCCACAGUCUCAAAAAUAUCUGCCAUCUCCUUUUGCAUCCCCAGCUCAUUCACAGACACUGCAGAACAAUAGGCCUUCCUCAGAAAUAAAAUCCUAUGUUAAAAGGAAGUCUGACUCUAAUUUGUAUGCUUCAUCAAAGCAAGAAGAAGAUUUAUCAAUGCAGGAUAUGCAGGCGUUACAGCAGCAAGCUGCUCUUGAAUCUUCCACCCAAAGGCUAACGGAUGAUGAAAUCAGUGCUCAGGAUGCAUCCUACAGAGUCUCAAAAGCAGAUGACAGAUACGCUCAAAGYGUAAUCAGAAGUAACUCUCGCCUUGAAGAUCAAGUUGUUGGACUUGGUCUUCAAGGAGCAAAAAAAGAUGAAAGAAUGGUUAAUUCUGUGGAACAGCUUUCCCAACAUAUUGGCCAUAUCAGUAGUAUAAGCCAUGAUAUAAAAAAGACAACUAAUCUGAUGCAAACGGCUCAAGUCAGUGUGGGUGCCAAAGAACUAAACCAGCAACACUCGCUCCUGCUUAAGGUACAUGAAAGUAAAGCUCAAGAGCAGCAAGGCCAAGUCAUUAGCACAUCACCACAGGUUCAGCCCCAUGCAUUAAGACAUCAGCAGUGUUUGCCUAGUGCGCAGGUGCUUCUGGAGUCUGCUUGUGACUUACAGAUUCUUCAUCAGUCAAUUCUGCAGUCAGGUUUAGGACAAGCAAAGGUAUUACCACAAGUGCAAAGAAUACAGAGUCCUCAGCAGGUCACACAUCCAUUCCUUCAAAUGGAUGGGCAUAUUAUUCAAAGUAACGGGGGCCUUCCUCAGCAACAACUUCUCACUCCGAAUUCGGAAGUAAUGAAAAUGGACAUUGCUGAGUCUUCAAAACAACUACAGCAACAUUUGACAACAAAAGAUCAUUUUACUCAAACAAAUCAACAUGAUUCGAAAAAUCAAUUUGUUUCUCUUAGCUCAAUAUGUUUCCCAGAAACUAUGCUUCUCAGUGAUGAGAGGAAUAUAUUGUCAAAUGUAGAUGAYAUUUUAGCAGCAACAGCAGCAGCCUGUGGAGUGACUCCAUCUGACUUUGCCAAAUCGGCAUCUAACGAAGGAGAAAUCCAGUCUGUUGAAAAUAGCGAGGAUUCUAAAACACAGUUUCGAUCAAUGGAUGUAAGACACGUGUCUUCUGGUUUCAGUGCCUCACCUACUGUAGUUGGAAAGCCACCAAGCAUAAACAAUAUUUCGCUGAAUGGAGGCCAAAUUACUAUAAACCUUACCCCUGUGUCAGCAAUACAGACAAAAACUGUGAACCUUGAUCAACACCAUAUUGAGGCUGAUCAAAACGUGCUAUCUAGAAUGACCUCUCCCACCCUUGGCCAUGGUCAAGAGGAACAAGAACCAGGGAUUGCUUCAGUUAAGAAACAAUCUGGCAUCAGCCAUGAAUCUGAAGAAGACACCGAUGUUCCUGUUGAUGGUACACUGCAUGCAAGAGAGACAGAAUUUGUUUCAAGUGGUAAAAGUCUAAGUGAAGAAAGUGCUACAUCUGAGAAUGAUUUCAGUAUGGGUUGUGAUGAUGGAACAGUAGCAGCUAACCAGUCAAAAGGUCCAUUGCAGCAAACAGCUGUGCCCCAGGGUGGAGAGGGAACCGUUAGCCGCCCUGAAGAAGAAUGCCAAGAUUUAACUUCAGGGAACCUUCAGAAGAAAAAGAGCAAAGGGAAAAGCCAAAGCAAAAAUGGUGCAGAGGAUGACAGUGCAGCUCAGAAACAGAUUAAAAGAAGUGGGCAAUGUAAACGUCAAAAUUCAAGAGGAAAUGAUUCCUGUUUGACAUACUCUUCUCCUGUUUCUGAAAGUUAUGAUUCUUACCAGCAUCAAGAAAGAAUGCGGCAGAAAAUCAAAGAAGUUGAAGAAAAGCAACCUGAAGUCAAAACAGGGUUUAUUGCUUCUUUUUUAGACUUUCUAAAGUCRGGGCCUAGGCAACAGUUUUCAGCUCCAACUGUGCGAAUGCCAAACCGGACUAGGCGGCCAGUUACCCAGAUGGUUCGUGCCCCUUGCCUGCAAUCGCCUGCAAAGCCUCCGCCACCAGCAGCCCCUGCAGCUGCAGAGGUUAGUGGAGAAAGUCCAACCAAAAAAGCUGAUGAAGAACUUAAGAAAAAUUUAGAAGCGUUGCCUUCAUUUUCUUCUGAUGAGGAUGAUUCUGUGGGAGGCAACCAUGAUCUUCAGAAGAGCAUCUCCACUGCAUUGUCAGCUCUGGAUGACACUUCUGACAGAAAGAAUAAAUCAGAAGCUGAAAAAGUGGCARUUACUGCCACUGCUGCUGCCACUACUGCUGUAAUAAAGCAGGAACCUCCACAGACAACUGCUCCUGUAGUCAAUGUGCAGGAGAAAAUGAGUUCAGCUGAUCCCCUAAAAGUAGCUCCACAGGAUGCUGUGUCUUCAGACCAGUUAGCAAAAAUGCAGGCAACUGUUGCAAUAGAAGGAUGUACUGAUGAGGAGAAUACGGACAGUGGAGGAGAGGGCAUGUACAGAGAACGUGAUGAAUUUGUAGUGAAGAUUGAAGAUAUAGAUACACUAAAGAUUGCAUUACAAACAGGAAAAGAGCCUCCAGCUAUUUGGAAAGUGCAGAAGGCUUUGUUGCAAAAGUUUGUUCCUGAAGUGCGAGACGGACAGAGGGAAUUUGCUGCUACUAACAGUUAUCUUGGGUAUUUUGGUGAUGCAAAAACAAAAUACAAACGGGUGUAUGUGAAGUUCAUUGAAAAUGCAAAUAAAAAGGAAUAUGUCAGAGUAUGUUCAAAGAAACCACGAAGCAAGCCUGUACAGUCAGCAAGGACUAUUCAUUGCAAACCUAGCAGUAGUAACAACAAAACCCCUGAUCCUCCAGCACCAAAACCAACAGCAACAAAAGUCUCUUCUGUGAAACCCAAAGCUAAACAGCCAAAGGUAAAGGCUGAACCACCACCAAAGAAAAGGAAAAAAUGGAAAGAAGAAUUUUCAUCUUCCCAGUCUGAUUCUUCUCCUGAGGCACAGAGUGAUGAGGAUGAGCUUGUGCCUCCAGCUCCCUUUGUUACUCGCUUUUUGAAUACAAGAGCUAUGAAAGAGACUUUUAAGAGUUAUAUGGAGUUGCUUGUUAGCAUUGCCUUGGAUCCAGACACGAUGCAAGCCUUGGAAAAGAGCAAUGAUGAGCUACUUUUGCCUCACAUGAGAAAAAUUGAUGGCAUGCUGAAUGACAAUAGGAAACGACUGCUUUCCAAAUUGCGCUUGGAUCAGACUUUCAAGAACGCUUUGGAAAACUUUCCAGAACUGACAGUAAUCACUCGGGAUGCUAAGGCAAAAACAGGGGGAAUGUCUGUGUCUAAGAUCAAGAUGAAUGGUAAAGCUUAUAACAAGAAAACACUGAGGGCUUCUAAAUCAACCACUAAGUUAGCACAGGAAUUUACUGUAGAUCCAGAAAAAAUACAGUUAUAUUCUUUGUAUCACUCACUCCAUCAUUACAAAUAUCACAUAUACCUGACAUGUAAAGAGGAGAUUUCUUCUGUUCAGAAAAAGAGUGCAGAUCUAGGACAAGAAGAGAUUGUGCAGCUGUGCAUGAAAAAUAUAAAAUGGGUGGAGGAUCUUUUUGAAAAGUUUGGUGAACUUUUGAAUCAUGUCCAGCAGAAAUGUUCAUAACAAAAUCGUAUCCCAAAUCUCACAUUUUUCUACGGCACUAACCUGAGGGAACAGAAAGCUCAGAGAAAGGCUCUGAUUUCUUUUACAAUGCCAGACUGCAUUCUUGUUCAUAGGCAUUUUUAUUUCUCUUUCUGGAACUUUGUGCCUUGGCUCUUGCUAAGGAAAAGUGAUGCUGCCAAGGAAAUCAGUCCUUUGAAGAUGGAACUAAAUGUAAACCUAACCACAUUUUUAACCAGAAGAAUUAUUUUCUAUUUUGUAAACUAUUGGAUAACUUAGUUUUAUUUUCAGAAAUGUUUUUGACAAAUGAUAAAGCAUGCACUACGUAUAYGUUUUUCUUUAUUGCUAAAAAGAUAACACUUAAAACACUACAGAUUUUUUCCAUCUUUGACUAAGCAACAGGAAAAAGUCAGCGUUGGGGUGAACUAAUUUUCAUGUAUGUCUGGCCACCAAAUUUAGAAUAUUGUACAUUUCUUGAACAGAGUCGGAGUGACCAGUUCCUGCAUACAUACAAUGCCAUGAUUAAAACAAAACAAAAAACCAGUAAUGUCAUGAUGCUUUAUGGACUCCUUUUACUAUUGUCAUGUUCAGGAGACUGAACAUGGAGUUGGUGCAAUCCUAUGACUGCU